AUGACAUCUGAAACUAAAAUAUUUAACCUACCUGAUAAGAUACUUCUCAGGAUUAUUCAACUGCUACCUCAACAAACCAAGGUGAACGUUGCGGAAACGAACUACAAGCUCUACAAAUUGGUGCAAAAAUCACUUUACGCAAAUAUUUUAUUCACAGAAAGGAGCAUUCUAAAUUCUUCCAAGAACUUUCAGGAUGGAUUGUGGACUGUUGUGGGUGGAAUGAAAAAUCCCCUAGUGACGUCCAAGUCUAAUUUGGAAAUGAUUAAGAUGAGACAGGAUGUUCUUUUGCAGUCCUUAAGCCUUAACAAAGAACUAUGUGGCUAUGUCAAACGAGUAAUGAUAAAUCCAACAACAGUGAUAGACACAUUUGCGGAAGGUUUACCAGGAGAAAAAGACAACGAGGAAGAAGAAGAAGAGUUUCUAGAGGAAAGAAAGGAACCUCCGCGGUUUUCUAUGAACAAGAACCUUCUGGAUUUUAUUAAAAGAAAUUGCACGAAUUUAGAGCAAAUAUUUUCUAUUGGUGAAAAGCCAUAUACAGAGGUUACAUUAUCGUUGAAAGAUAUUUCAAACUUACCGAAGUUGAAAAGACUGGAUAUUGCUGAUUUUCAAUACUUAACACAUAUUGUUGAUACUCAAAUUACGCAUCUGGUUGUGAAUCCCAUGGUUAGUUCCAAUAAUGAAAUAAGUAUUUCUGAUGAUGCAUUUUCCAAGGCUGUAAAAAAUUUACAGUUGCUACAGUUCAAUGAUUACCGUACACAAUCUAUAUUCUUGAACCAUUUCCUUAAAAUAUGGAACCCCAAGGAAAUGCUUUCAUUGAAGUCAGCAAAAAUCAUAUAUUAUCAUGGUUUCAAUGAUAAUGAUAUUGGCAAUCAAAACUUGGUUCUCGAUUUUCUAAGAGUCCUUAAUCCAUCAUCAUUUAAGAAUCUGGAGAUAGUUAUCGGGUGUGACCAUAUGGCUUGUAAUUGUUUGGCAGACCUUAUUAAGGAAUUGUCGGAGACUGGAGGUUUGCGUUUGAGAAAAUUGGCAGUGAAACAGCUUACCGUUCAUCGUGAUCACAAUUAUUCAGAGAAAUUCGACUACUAUCUAUCCGAAUUCCUAAUCAAGAGCCCUAGCAGAUUAAGCUUGAGAUUUCUUUCGAUUAGCUAUGAUGUACCAGGCGAUUUCAAUAUUGGUAACAGUGUGAAAGGUAAUGGCAUUCAGGGCAAUUUUUUGAAAAGAAAACGGCUUUUUGAGGACACAAUUCAGAAGGUAGCGAAUUUGGAAACUCUUGUAAUGCCUCAUUUCUUGGAAAAUGCUGCAUGCUAUGAGCAGGUGAUGUCAGAUUUAUUGUGGAAUGGCUGCAAAUGCGAUCAUUGUAAAUCGUAUCUAUCAAUUUUUGACUAUUAUGUGAUGCACCACCAAUAUUAUGAUGGCUUAGAAGGUUAUAUGACUGAUAUGAUAACGCCUGUUCUUUUUGGAAGUGCCGGAAAAACUCUUUUCCGUAGAUUGAUUAACGAUUUAGAUUUGUCAUUUUUAGAGUAUCCACAACUUGAUACAUACUGGGAUUUUCAUACUGGUAAUGGAAUCACACAUUUUGAUGAUGAUACAGACAGUGAAGAUUGUCAGUUUAAUGAAAGUUGCUUCAAACCCCUAACUAAAUGUUUGGCACACUUCUAUAUGAAUUAUGUCAAUACGUACGGGGAAGCAAUUCCUAGCUUGAAACGUGUUAUAAUGAAUGGCGAGUUCUUUGAGAGGAAGUUGGGUAAAACUGAUGAAUGGAUUUGUGCGUAUGAUUAA